GUGCGGUGUGGGCCGGAGGAGAGGAGCGCUUCGUGUCAGCUUCGCCGGUUGUUGUCUUACUGAAAACUCAAAAAGCACUCCCGGCAUACUAUUUCGUUCAAUUUUACGUUUGACUUUAUACAGUUAUUUUUUCUUCUUCUAUCGUUUAUCUGGAUUGAAUGAGCAGUAGGGGAAAUCAGCUGUGACCUUUUUUGGGGGGUGGAAAAAGUGGUCCGGUGCCAGCGGGGCGGUGAGUAAACCGCCGCUGCUGUGGCGGAUCACCCAAGGCGGAGGACUGCUAUCUUCUGCGUGCUGCUGCCACGGAAAUACCACUUCAACGCAAAGAUGGACUUGAAACUGCUUUUAAUAUCUACAUUGUUAGGAGUCUUCUGCACUGCUCAGAAAGAGGGGAAUGAGUGCAUCAGUGCAAAUGCCAGGUACUGUGGAGAGUGCAUCCAGGCUGGAGCAAAAUGUGGCUGGUGUACAGACCCGGACUUCCUAAAACAAGGUGAGACCUUGUCUACCCGAUGUGACGAGCUGCAGUCUCUAAAGAACCGAGGUUGUAGAGAAAGGUUGAUAGAGAAUCCUCGUGGAGAGAAGAGAGUCCUCAAGAACAAAAUGGUGACAAACCGCAGAAAAGGAGCAGAAAAACUAAAGCCAGAAGAAAUCACUCAGAUCCAACCUCAAAAGCUCAGUCUCACCCUCAGAUCAGGCGAGCCCCAGUCUUUCAACCUGAAGUUCAAGCGGGCAGAAGAUUAUCCCAUUGACCUGUACUACUUGAUGGACCUUUCUUACUCAAUGAAAGACGAUCUGGAGAAUGUAAAGAACUUGGGAACUAGAUUAAUGCUAGAAAUGUCAAAGAUCACAUCUGACUUCAGGAUAGGCUUUGGUUCUUUUGUGGAGAAGACAGUUAUGCCAUACAUCAGCACCACCCCGGCCAAGUUGUUGAACCCAUGCACCGGUGACCAGAACUGCACGAGCCCAUUCAGCUACAAGAAUGUUCUAAAGCUCACCAGUGAUGGCAAAAAGUUCAACACCCUGGUGGGCCAACAGCAUAUUUCUGGAAACCUGGACUCUCCUGAGGGGGGCUUCGAUGCCAUCAUGCAAGUGGCUGUGUGUGGGGAGCAGAUUGGUUGGAGGAAUGUGACUCGCCUGCUUGUGUUUUCCACUGACGCUGGCUUCCACUUUGCAGGAGAUGGCAAGCUCGGUGGCAUCGUACUGCCUAAUGAUGGAAAAUGUCAUUUGGAGAACAAUUCAUACACUAUGAGCCACUACUAUGACUAUCCCUCGAUUGCUCACUUGGUUCAGAAGCUGAGUGACAACAACAUUCAAACCAUAUUUGCUGUCACAGAGGAGUUUCAGCCUGUUUAUCAAGAGCUCAAAAACCUGAUACCAAAGUCUGCAGUGGGCACCCUGUCUGCCAAUUCAAGCAACGUGAUCAACCUCAUUAUAGAUGCUUACAAUUCGCUCUCAUCUGAAGUCAUUCUGGAGAACAGCAAGCUUCCAGAGGGAGUGACCAUUGCUUACACAUCCCGCUGUAAGAAUGGAGUAAUUACUGAGGGUGAAAAUGGACGAAAGUGCUCCAACAUCUCAAUUGGAGAUGAGGUCACAUUUAACAUCAGUGUGACAUCUAAGGGCUGUCCAAAGCACGGCAAGCCUGAGACAAUCAAGAUAAAGCCCCUAGGAUUCACAGAGGAGGUAGAGAUUACCCUCAGCUUUAUUUGUGAGUGUGAAUGCCAUAAGGAGGGUGUCGCCAACAGUGACAACUGCCACUAUGGGAAUGGGACCUAUGAAUGUGGAGCCUGCAAGUGUUAUGAAGGACGUGUCGGCAAACAGUGUGAAUGCAGCAGCAAUGAUGUGGCUACAGAGGACAUGGACCGCACCUGCCGCAAAGACAACGGCACUGACAUCUGCAGCAACAAUGGCGACUGUGUUUGCGGCACGUGCGAAUGCAAGAAGAGAGACAACCCAGAAGAGCGCUACAGCGGGCAGUACUGCGAGUGUGACAACUUUAACUGUGACCGCUCAGGAAACAAACUAUGUGGAGGGCAUGGCCGUUGUGAGUGCAGAGUCUGCAUCUGUGACAACAUGUGGACUGGGACCGCCUGUGACUGUUCUCUGGAUACCAGCACAUGUCUGGCCAGCAACAGGCAGAUUUGCAAUGGCAGAGGGACGUGUGAAUGUGGCACUUGCAAGUGCACUGACCCCAAAUUCCAGGGUCCCACCUGUGAAACGUGCCCUACCUGCCCAGGAGUGUGCACUGAACACAAAGAGUGCGUCCAGUGUCGGGCAUUUGGUACAGGCGAGAUGAAGGAAACGUGUGAACGAGACUGCAGCUACUUCAACUUGUUCAAAGUGAAGGACAGGGACAAGCUGCCUCAGCCCAACGAUGCCUCCUACCCUGUGAUGCACUGUAAGGAGAGGGACGCAAACGACUGCUGGUUCUACUACACCUAUGCUGUCAACAACAACACAGAGAAGGAGGUCCAUGUGGUUGAAACUCUGGACUGUCCUGCAGGUCCUGACAUCAUCCCCAUUGUGGCGGGCGUAGUUGCUGGCAUUGUCUUGAUUGGUUUAGCCCUGCUGCUCAUCUGGAAGCUGCUGACAAUCAUCCAUGACAGAAGAGAAUUUGCCAAAUUUGAGAAGGAAAAGAUGAACGCCAAAUGGGACACGGGUGAAAAUCCUAUCUACAAAAGUGCUGUUACGACUGUGGUCAAUCCCAAAUAUGAAGGAAAAUAAUGAACAAGAAUUUGACAUCGACAGCAUACAGACAUCUACAGCUUCUGAGGAGGAUUUUGUUGUUUCCUGUUGUUGCUUCGCCAUUACAAUGCACAUGCGUCUUUAUUUUUACUAACACAUAUUUAUAUGCUUUUGUUGUAUUUUAGAUGUACAGUAUGUGUAUAUACUUUUCAAAUGCAUAUUUCUUGGAAGUUGAUGGAUUUGCGUUGUUUUUAUAACCUGCCAAAGGUCUAGUGCGGGCAUAUCUUUUCGCUUGUUUUACCAACAGAACGUGGAUAUCCUGAAUAUUAAUUUAUGCCCCAGAAAUAUACAGCUUCUUAAAUGUUGUGCUCAUUUCCCAGCUCAUGUUGAACUCUCUACCCCCUCUUAUGUCUUUCUGCACUGACUGUUUGUCUGUGGUGUCUUUCUAUGUGACAAGAGCUGAGGUGUUUUUGAUAAAUUGUCAGCCAGAGCAGCACAUUAUGCCACAAUAUGUGUAUAUCUUGAAAAACAAAUACAAUACCAAUUUACUCCUUCAGUUUAGCAUUUUGGUAAAGGUUUCAUGCCACAAAAGUGAAUAUUUGUAAAUGUAGUUUGGACUGCAGCAGUUUUAUUGCACUCUUGCGUUUCGCUUACUUUGAAGGAAUUACACCACAAGAUAAAUGUUUAAUAUCAACAGUCAUUUGUGUGGUUGAUAUACAGUCAUAAAUGGACUUUAUACCACUUGUAAAAAUAUGAAAUGAUGGCAGUGCUGAGGCAAAUGAUUUGUCGUCUUUUUUUUCUUUUUUUUUAAGCGAGCAAUUGUGAUGCAUCUAAUUUACCAAUAACAGUGACUUCUUUAUUCUCAGGUCCUUUCCUGUAUUUUUUGCCAAGCACACAAAAAAAAAAAUAUUUUGUGAACUUGUUUCUCAGUCAUCUUUUUUUUUAAUUUUUUUUUACAAAAAUAUUUUAACAUCGUUCACCUUAAUGCCUCAGAAGCACCACACGCGCCUUUACAGUAUUGUUUAAAAACUGCCUUUUAUUUCAGUUACCAUGUUCUCUCCCAGUGCUGUAAUGACUUAUUUAUUAAAUAAACCCCAAAAACAGU